CAAGACUUUAUUAGUUGCAAAGUCUUUCCUUAAGUCGUCAAGUACUCGUAAGAACCGGCAUUAUACCUCGAUCUGCGGACCAACAUACACGUUUUCAAAAUGAGUGCAACGCAAUAUCUAUUAGCGGCAGCUGUCACCGCGUUCAUCGCCCUGUGCUGGGUUCUGAGGGACCGAUAUGAUUACUGGAAGAAACGUGGUAUACCCUACGUGAAGCCCAUCUAUUUGAUAGGGAAUCUCAGUUUUGUUAUGAGGAAAUCAGUGUUUGAUUUCUUUCUCGAGUUGAGUAAGAAGUAUCCUACAGAUUGUGUGGGGAUGUUUCUGGGACUGACGCCGACACUCGUGGUGCAAACCCCGGAGCUUGCACGCAAAGUUCUCGUCAAGGAUUACGGCAAUUUCGAGGACAGGUUCCUGUAUUCCGGUCACGCCGACCCGCUUGGAUCGCUGAAUCUCUUCACAGUAAAGAAUCCAAUAUGGGCCUCGAUGAGACAAGAAUUGACGCCCAUGUUCACGUCAGCGCGUCUUCGAAAAGUCACAGAACUUAUGAACAUGAACGCCGCAGAGCUCGUGAAAAGAGUUCAGCGCAACUUUAUCGAGAGGAAGGAAGAUGUCAAUCUUAAGGAAGUUUUCUCAAUGUACGCCUCAGACACGGUUGCAUUCACUGUGUUUGGUAUACGAAUCAGCCGCCUCAGCGAUCAAGACUCGCCUCUGUGGUUCAUCACAAGCCACAUGGUGAAGUGGACCUUCUGGCGAGGACUCGAAUUCAGCACUAUCUUCUUUUUGCCGUUCCUCGCGAAACUGCUGAGAUUACAAUUCUUCUCUGGAGGCGCAACCGAAUACAUAAGAAAACUGUUUUGGGGCGUUGUCGCCGAGCGAAAUAAAACCGGCGUAUCGAGCGAUAAAGACCUCGUUAAUCACUUACUCAAAUUAAAGGAAAAUGUAAAACUCCCCGCCGAGUCUGGAUCCAAGUUGGCUGACGACUUGAUGCUUGCACAAGCGGCGGUAUUUAUCCUGGGAUCUAUCGAAACUUCAUCGACCACCCUCAGCUACACGUUACAUGAGCUAGCCCACCAUCCUGAAGAACAGGAAAAGCUUUUCAAUGAAAUUGACACAACACUAAAGGAAAAGGGAAAAGAGAUUUUGGACUACGAUAAUUUAUUGGAGCUGAAGUAUCUCUCGUCGUGCAUUAGCGAAACAAUGAGGAAGAACACACCAGUGCCGUACUUGGAGAGGAAAUGCAAGAGCCGGUACCAGCUGACGGACGACAUCGUGGUCGAGGCGGGCACACCUGUGUUUGUCAACGUCAUGGCGCUGCACUUCAAUGAAAAGUACCACGAAGAGCCGGAGAAAUGGCGGCCGGAGAGGUUCGCCAACCCGUCGGACAACGAUAACAAGAAUUUCACCUUCUUGCCCUUCGGCGAGGGCCCGCACUUCUGCAUAGGCAAGCGCUACGGUCUGAUGCAGGUUCGGGCGGCGCUCGCGCAACUGCUGCACAAGUACCGCGUAGAGCCGGUCACCGCUUACGAGCUCAAGGCCGACCCCUACGCGGUGUUCCUGGCGCCCGCCAACGGGGGCUCCGUCCGCUUUGUCCCGAGGACCUGACUCGGAAAACGUCCCUUAGUGUAAGGCUACGCGCGCACUACGGUCUUUUGUCGUGCGUUUUUUCCCGCAAAAUCUGUGAAGUAUGGAACCUCCUUGAAGUGCGCGCACUGCAGAAAAUAAUCCGUAUGCAGAUAAAAUUCUAUUGUUUGCUGCAGAUUGGUUGGCUGCACAAUUUUCUGCAUCCUAUGGUCUUGAGUAAAUCAGCUCACUGCGAGAAAAAAUCCGUGAGGACGUCGUUCAGCAGCCAUCAAGUCACGCAUUUGUGAUUGCGACACGGUGCUGCAGGGUCAUAUCGUCGCCUAGUAAACGAGGCGCAAGCAGGGCAAAAUGUGCGGAUAAUAACACCGCUGUGCACGAACUGGACACGCACGGUUUUUUUUUCGUUGCGAUUUAAAAACGCACCGCAACUCGCCGCACCGUAGUGCGCGCGUAGCCUAAGACCUGAGUGGAGCGUUCAGCGGGGCGAGCGUGCACCUUAUGCAGCAGCAAGACACUUGUAUGAGCUUCAAUUGUUUGACAUACACGCCGCACGCUCUGCCCCGCGGCACGCCCAGUUAUGAGCGUGUACUUGGGCCUUACAGACUGGCAAAAAGAGUAGAAAAUCAUGGGGGCGCCACCGUCUAUGUAAACAUUGUAAACCGUUUUGCAUGUGGCUAUUGAGUCACUAUGUUAUUCUAUUUUCUCUGGUCACUAUUGUAUGAAGAAGUAAAUUGUUGCUAAGUAUGAUAAAAAUAAUAGUUCUCUUUCUACUCUUUUUUGCGAAGCUGUACACUUACCUAAGGUGUCCACAGAUUACCAAGCCAGGGUGGCUAGCCGAAUGGCACAAUCGCUCACGAAACGCUCACGAAACGAAGCGCUAGUAGAUAUCUAUCUCUAUCGCGCUCGCUUUCGU